GGGCGCGGGGUCGGGCGGCGCCGAGGGCUGCGGCAGGUGUGGCGGCGCCGACCGGGCUCCCGGCUCGGGCAGGUCCCCACCACAGCGCAGCAGCCAUGAGCCUGGUGGCCUGCGAGUGCCCUCCUGGCCCUGGCCUGGAGCCUGAGCCUUGCUCCCGAGCCCGGUCCCAGGCCCGUGUGUACCUGGAGCAGAUUCGCAAUCUGGUGGCUCCCGGGGCCUCUGACAUGACCAAGCGUGACUACCUGGUGGAUGCAGCCACACAGAUCCGGCUGGCCCUGGAGCGUGAUGUCAGUGAGGACUACGAGGCAGCCUUCAACCACUACCAGAACGGCGUGGAUGUCCUGCUGCGAGGCGUGCACGUUGACCCCAACAAGGAGCGAUGUGAGGCCGUGAAGCUGAAAAUCACCAAGUACCUGCGGCGGGCAGAGGAGAUCUUCACUUGCCACCUGCAGAGGACCCUGGGCGAUGGAGCCAGCCCUGGCACGGGUUUCAGCAGCCUGAGGCUCCGGCCCAUUCGCACACUGAGCUCUGCUCUGGAGCAGUUGAGGGGCUGCAGGGUGGUUGGGGUCAUCGAGAAGGUGCAGCUGGUCCAGGACCCAGCAACUGGAGGGACCUUCGUGGUGAAGAGCCUGUCCAGGUGUCAUGUGGCGAACCGGGAGCGGCUGACCAUCAUCCCGCAUGGCGUCCCCUACAUGACCAAGCUGCUUCGGUACUUCGUGAGUGAGGAUUCUAUCUUCCUGCAGCUGGAGCACGUGCAAGGAGGCACUCUCUGGUCCCACCUGCUCUCCCAGAAGCACCCCCAACAGCCUGGGCUCAGGUCUGGCUUCAGCCCAGAAAGGACGAAGUCUUCACUCAACUCACCCCGCGGCCUCCAGACCCCAGCACUGCUCCCCAUGGGCCCCACCCACCUGCAGGACAGGAUCCUUCUGGAGCCUCCACGGACUUCUCGGAGUCUUUCCCCAGCCAGGGAGGCCCCAUCCAUCACUCCAUGGAGAGAGACCGAAGGUGACCCCUCGGCCAGGACCCAUACCUCCUGCCCCUCAGACCUUCUGAAGGCCCCAGGUGGCCGCCUGCACCUCCAAACUGGGCGAGGACCUGGCCAGAGCUCGGACAUGAGGCCCUCUUGGGGGCUCCCUUGGGUUCAUCAGGGGGCUGUCCGGGUGCUGGGGGCCUGUGGCCGAGGCCGAAGCCAGAGCCGCCCCUUAGCAGAUCGGGCCAGCCCAGGGUGCAGCAGGGGUGCCUGGUGUGUGAAGGAAGAGCAGGUGAAGCAGUGGGCGGCCGAGACGCUGGUGGCCCUGGAAGCACUGCACGAGCAGGGGGUGCUGUGCCGAGACCUCAAUCCCCGGAACCUGCUUUUGGACCAGGCAGGUCACAUCCGGCUCACGUAUUUUGGCCAGUGGUCAGAGGUGGAGCCUCACUGCUGCAGGGAGGCUUUGGACAAUCUCUACAGCGCCCCAGAGGUGGGGGGGAUCUCUGAGCUGACGGAGGCCUGUGACUGGUGGAGCUUUGGGUCUCUGCUGUAUGAAAUGCUGACUGGAACUGCACUGUCGCAGAGCCACCCCUCGGGAAUCCAGCCCCAUACCCAGUUACAGCUGCCCGAGUGGCUCAGUCACCCAGCGGCCUCUCUGCUGACUGAGCUGCUGCAGUUUGAUCCUGCCCGGCGCCUGGGUGUCAACAAGCUCAAGGCCCACCCCUUUUUCAGCACUACCCAGUGGAGCAAACUGGUGGGGUAAGAGAGGGCAGAGUGGGUCGUGGAAGCUGCUGGACUGGUCUGGAUCUCCUUUCCCCUCUGCCUGCCACCCAGAGCUGGCCCUCUAAUCAGUGACCCUCAGACAAAGAAGCCAGGGCAGCUGCCCUUCCUGCUCAGCGCCAUUCCUGGGCACCAUCGUCCCCCUCGCCACCGCCCAGAAGGGCCUGGGCGUUCCCCAGCCGGCUCUGCAGACCCUCUCUGGUCAUUGCUGAGGGGGAGGGACCGGGAGCUCACCCGCCGGGCAGCUCGAACCCUCGGCCCAUCCAUCCUCCACCCGCCAGUCAGCAGCUCCCUCUACCUUGGCUGCAGACCUGCCGUGCUGAAGGGUGCCUUCCACAGCACGGCUCCGAGCUCCUGACCGCCUGCUCGGUGGGCUGCAAGCUUUCCUGACUCACUAGCUGCCACGCGCCCGCUUGGGACAGCUCUGGAGACUCAUCUCAGGAUACUGGUCCACUGGCUCAGUGGGCCCCAACCAGGGCUGCCCCGCCUGCUCAUCCUAGCCCGGCAACGAGCGGGCCUCUCUGGCUCCCAGGCUACUCCUGUGGGGGGUGGGGAGGCUGGGGAAGCAGGAAUGUCACAGGCAUGAGGUGAGCUGGGGGACAGGAUGAGCCACUCCCCUCCCUCCAUGCCCCCUUGUGAGUUCAGACUUUGAAGAACCAAAGGCAGGCAGGAGAGGAAAAGGGGUGGGGGGGGGAGCAUGGCUCUGCCACUGUCCUUUUGAAAACUGAAUAAAGAGCUCCCUUCCCCAGCUAGCCCACCAGUGUGGAGAGGGGGCCCUGCCUGUGGGCCUGAGCGGGGACCACAGUGCUGCAGCCUCCAGGCUGAAGCCACUACCACACUUCGUGCCCAUUAGGACUCCCUUCUCUCUUCUCGGACGUUUGUCCUGUUUACCAUUUUGCAUUUUCGUCGUGAGGGUCCACCUCAGCUCACCGUCCACUGUGACUUCACAAAACACAUGGAAUGAUUGCCUAAGCUUUUAGCCAGAAGCAAAAUAUUUCUGGUCCCUGAAGAGCUGGGGUAAGUAGUUACCCCAAAGACAGCCCCCUCCCCAGGUUUGGGGGCCGUCUUAUUCCUCUCGGUGCUCACCCUGUCACUGGGGUGUGGCCCCUAGGACACAUUUCCACCAGACCUCUGCCCCCAACUCCCUGGUUCCAGUGUGUCCCCACCACCACCAGGUGGCGCCUCUGACAGCUCCAGUCGGGCUGUGAAGGCCCAAGGCUAAGUCUAGGGGUAGGGAGCGCUCCUGCAGAGGGCACCCGGGGAAGCACAGCCUGUGUGCAUUUUCCCUGGGGCUUGUCCAUACCGCCCCCCCACCCCCCUGCCCCCCAAUAAAGUCUACUGCUGCCUA